UGCACAGCUCACUUGUAACACCUUUCUCUCAAUUCACUUAAGUACCGACAGCACUUCCGCCCACAGACCCUCGUAGUGAUCCACGCCUCCCACAAUUCCUGCCGAGCCCCUGUGACGUAACCGAGCCGCGUCCCACCUGAUCUGUCAACUUCGAUCACGUGAUCCACCUCCCGAAAGCCGCCAUUUUGAAGCGUUGUGGCCAGAGUUGUCGGCGUGCGUGCUCUAUUUUUAGGUGCAGUGGGCGCAUUGCCGUGGCUGGAGAUAUAACCCCUCGUGGGGUUGGGUGCGAAAAAGAGAUCAAACCGAGAAUCCAAAGGGAGAGAUAUCAUGGAAAAUACAGAAUGUGUAACAAUGGCAAUACAAAACAUGGAAGAACCAGAAGCUCGUCAAACGAAACACAAACAUGACCCAUUAAUUCAUGUUAUACAAAAACUGUCGGCAAUGGUGGAGAGUGAGAAGUCCAGCAGGUGUUUUGAAGGAAGAAAACGUUCUUAUCCAGAUGAAGAAAUGCAGUCAGAUAUUCAGGGAAGCUGUGCCUCUCCAUCUAAAUCAGACGAUCUAGAUAUUCUUCCUAAAAGAAUUAAAGCAGAAGCAGUUAUUGACAAUUCAAAUGCAGACCUCCUUUUACCAAGAGAAAGAAAGGUGAUGUUUUAUCAGUGCAGUCUUUGUAAUUUCCUAUCUCACUCUUUUGAAAUCCUAAAAAUUCACGUUAAGAAUCAUGAUCAACAAAAUGAAAUCGUUCUUAUGUGCUCUGACUGCCACAUGACCUUCAAGAAACAUGAAGAUCUUGAAGGUCACAUUAAAAAACAUUGUGAGACUGAGGACACGUCACAUCCACAGCAGUGUAAGCAGCUGUCUGCAUCUCUAAAUUUCCCUGACAAAGUUAGAAAAAAAUGGUAUGCAUAUGAGGACUAUGGAUUGUAUCGAUGUCUGAUUUGUAAAUAUACUUGUGGCCAACAACGUAUGUUAAAGACUCAUGCUUGGAAGCAUGCAGGUGAGGUUGACUGUUCAUACCCCAUCUUUGAAGAGGAGAAUGAGUCUGCUGGUCUGCCAGAUUCCACUGUUGCGCAUAGUCCACAUGGGAGUGAAUCCGUUUUAUCUGAAGAUGCUGAAAGUAGACAUAACUCUCAAACACCUGCCAGUGACAAGGGUCCGGUAUGCGAUUCUUUGUUGCUGGAAAAUACAGUGAAAAAUACAGAGACUAUAAAUUCAGCAGCUAAUCCAGAGACAAUUGAAGUUCUGGUGGUAGAUGAUUCCUUAUCAGAUGCAGAACAGGAUAACACGAUUACCGAUAGUCUGCUCUCUUCUGCACAAAAAAUCAUUAGCUGUACUCAGAACAAAAAAGGCCACGUAAAUGUAAUUGUGGAACGUCUGCCAAGUGCCGAAGAAACUGUUUCGCCAAAAGCACUCUUGAUUAGCAAUGAUUUGGCGGUCAAAAAGAAAAUUGUCCCCCGUGAUUCCCAGAUUGUAUGUGAAGGCUCCGUUGAAGUCUACCAUGCAGACAAAAAUGUGGUUGAAAACGAAGAGAUUAUAAUAGGUUGGAGUAAUACCAUCAAAACUGGUGAUUUUCAUGAAAGUAAUGAAAAUUUUCCUCCAAUGAGAAGGAGAACAAAUUCUGAAUGCUUACGAUUGCACUCUUUGGCUGCUGAGGCACUGGUAACCAUGCCAAUCAGUGUUGUUGAAUGUCCCAAGUCCAGCCUCCGAAUUCUUAGUAAACCAGAUUCACUAGAUCCAGACACUGGCCAGCAAGAAGGUGAUCGAAACUAUGCAACAUACUCCAAACUAGUUUCAUCUAAGAUACCUGAAAAAGUAGAUAGCUGUGGACAGAAUGUUAUUAACCUUAAAGAAAGUAAAGAAGGAAGUGAACUAAAAGAAGCACCUAUAAGGAUGGGUAUUAGCAUGUCUUUGCUUAAAGUCAUUGAAAGACUGAGGGAACGGACAGAUCAAAACGCAACAGAUGAUGACAUUUUGAAAGAGUUAAGGGACAAUGCCCAAACAGAAUCUACAGUUGACUUUGCCUCGAGCAGCAAUGUUGUGGAAUACUUACCUCAUGCUGAACGUCCAUACCGAUGUCGCCUGUGCCAUUACUCUAGUGACAACAAAGGUUACAUAAAACAACACUUGCGUGUUCAUAGACAGAGGCAGCCCUAUCAGUGUCCUAUUUGUGAACAUAUAGCUGAUAAUAGCAGUGAUUUGGAAAACCACAUGAUAAACCACUGCAAAACAAGGAUGUAUGAAUGUAAACAUUGUGCCGAAUCCUUUUAUUAUAAGUCUCAACUGAGGAAUCACGAGAGAGAACACCGUAAUAGUCCAGAUAACCGUACGCUGUCUACAUCAAGUGAUGAACAGCAAGGUUCUAGCGGGGAUAAUGAAGAUAAGCAGCCAUCAGAAGGCAGCAAAUCGUGUAACCAAAAAUUGUACCGAUGUGAUGUAUGCAGUUAUACAAGCUCUACAUAUGUUGGUGUUCGAAACCAUAGAAGAAUUCAUACAUGCGAUAAACCGUACAGAUGUCAAGUGUGCAAUUUUGCCACUACAAAUAUGAGCAGUUUCAAGUGCCACAUGAGAUGCCAUCCUGAGGAACAUCAAGCAGUACAGCUGGUAGAGCAGUACAAGUGCUCACUUUGUGGAUAUGUAUGCAGCCACCCACCAUCUUUAAAGUCUCACAUGUGGAAGCAUGCAAGCGAUCAAAAUUAUAAUUAUGAACAAGUGAACAAAGCAAUUAAUGAAGCGAUGUCUCAAAGCAGUCGGAUUCAAGUGGAAACAAUAAAGAAGAGUUCAGAAGAUUCUGAUAAAGUACAUGUUAAUAGUGAGAGUUCUACUCGGCAAUCCGCAUAUGAAAUAAAAAAUGACAUAGAAAGUCCAAAGGUCAAUCACACUCAAAUUACCUUGUGCAAUACAGAAAAAUUACAAAGCCAGAUGCGGCCUGAGGCAGAACUGUGUAUACUACUUUUCUGCUGUUGUAUUUGUGGCUUUGAGUCUAGUAGCAAAGAACUUCUAAUGGAACACAUGAAAGCACAUGAGGGAGAAAUCAUAAAUAUCAUUCUAAAUAAAUCAGAAUCAACUUCUUGAAAGUAGCAUUCAGUAAUCUGUACCUAUAAGCUGCAGUUGCUUAGCCCUUUACAAAUAAAAUGCUGGAGUCAACAGGUAUAUAUACUUAGCAGGAAUAAGCAAUAAAUAUAAUUGCUUAUUCCUGCCAAGUCUACUAAACAAAAAAACACAAACAUGCCCCAUUCUGAUUGGCUGAUUCUUAUCUGUACUUACAAACCCUAUACUUAAAUGCUGUCUAUUAAAAAUAAACCAAUACAUAAUAUUAGAAGCUGCAAAACAGAGCUUUCCCAUUGUGUAUUUUAAGAAAUAAUGUUCCUACAAUGAAAUAGGAUAGCAGAAGCCACUUCAGAGUAGUGCAAAAUAUUUGUGGAAUAAUGUACACCCUAUUAUACAGUCCAAGGCAAUUAAAGGUCUCGGCAUUCCAGGACUACACUAAGGCAAAUUGGCACAGGUGACUUUAAUAUUCUAUUUUAUAAAAGGAAGGGUUUUGGUUUUUUUUAAAAAAAAAAUACAUAUUUCAGUGUGGGUUUUUUGACACCCCUAAGCACAGAUAACUGCUAAUAUCACAAUGCACCAUACUAUACUUUACAGGUUAUUCAUGGUUCUUUUCUGUUGUAUAAUUUCUAAUUGCAUGCACAUGCAAUGCAUAUAAAAAAUCUGUAGAAUUUGCAUGCUGCUUUUAAGCACCUGUUUGUCUCUGUAACCACAAAAUGAAAAUAUAUAAUUUUAAGGUUUAUUUACCCUUUAAAAGAUAGAAGUUUUCUGAAUACAUACAUUUCAGACCAGCAAAUAUAAAUAAAUAUAUAUAUAUAUAUAUAUAUAUAUAUAUAUAUAUAUAUAUAUAUAUAUAUAUAUAUAUAUAUAUAUAUAUAUAUAUAUAUAUAUAUUAUAGCACAAAGCCUGAGCCCCUGAUGUCCAUAGCACUAAUCUUGCAUGUUAAUUUCCAUUCCUCCCCCUUCUAAUAUCUUUCUAGCCUUUAUCCCUUCACUAAUGUUAUGGGGCAAGAAUAGCACUUACACAUGCUUUCCUAGCAAUGUGGAGGUUAACGGACAAGGAAAGUUAAACUAAAGAAGUAGCUAGAAAUGUUGUACAUUAUGUUUUGGGCUUCUUUACCAGCCCGGGCAACCAAAGCCCUUUAGCAGGGAAGAGUCUCCAAAGAUGCCCCAGUAGCUCCCCAUCUUCUUUCUGCUGAUUCACUGCACAUGCUCUGUGCUGCUGUCACUUACUGAGCUUAAGGACCGACUCAAAAUAUACAGUACACAUAGAAUCUAAAUGUUUUGUGUAACGGCUGUCCCCGUGGCAAACACAGCAACUUAUUAUUAUGGUAGUCUUUCUAACAGCUUUAACCAUGGAAGAUUAACAGUGAAUUUUACAUAAAUGCAUUUUUGUUUUGAGGGUCCUGGUCCUUUAAUUCAUGGUUAAGAACCAAAUUUAUAGGGUUUGUUAAGUUAGCUUUUAGUAUGUUAUAGAAUGUUCUAUUUGCAACUUUUAAAGUGGUCUUUGUUUUUAUAGUUAAAACUAUUAAAUGGUUUUGGGGAUCACUGACCCCAGCAACCAAAAAAUAAAUAUGGCUCCUUCAAUUCUGGUAUUCAAACCACUGUCUGGGUGCUAGGGAUAAUUGAACCUUGGCAGUCAGAUUACUGAAAUUAUAAAAAUGGAAGACCAUUUAAAAAUUGCCUUGGAACAUAUCUACGUUACUAAAUUUUUCUAUCAUUUGUAAAGGUGCAUUUUUGUAUAUGGUGCAGUAUGGAUAUUUGGCUGUUUAUCCACUUACCUCUUAAAACUAUAGCAUAGUUUUAGCCUCUUAUUGUUCUAAAAAAAAAAAUAUUCAACUCUAGCCUGAUCUCAGCUACAUUUCCAGCAUUUUCUUCUUAAAUAAAAGCUUAUUAAAGUGAAUGCUACAAUAAUGUUUCUGUAGUUAUAGUAAGAUGAAGCUGUGAAAAGAGAGAGAAAAUUAUCAGUAAAUGUUGCAAAAUAAAUUUGCAAAAACCUGA